AUUGAAUAUUAUAUGGUGUUCUGUGCGAUGACCGUUACGUAACGACAUUCGUAUGAAUCAGGUAUACGUCACAAAUUUGGUAAAAUUGUUCAAACGAACAGAGAUUAUCAAUAGUUGGAUCUAGAUACAAAAUGAUUGGUAUGAUUGGCAGAACAGUAGGACGUUUAACCCCAUUUCAUUUCACUACUUUGACUUGGUAUUGUAUAUAUUUUACUUAUUUUUACUGUUAGUUCUAAUUAGGUCUAUUAGGUGUUGUAACACAAAUCUGAGAAUGCAUGACCACUCGGACCAUAGACCACUCGGACCAAGACCACUCGGACCAAUUGAUAGACCACUCGGACCAAUUGAUAGAAUCCGCAAAGACCCAACAAACGCGCACAGGGACAGCCAUGAAAACUUGCUUAAAAAAACUAAAAGAAGACAAACAGAUCUCUGAAGCUCUCUAUUACAAGCUCAGACCAAACCACCCUCGACCACCUUAUGCCAGGGCUACUAUAAAAAUCCAUAAAAAAACCCAUGAAAGCCCGUCUGCUGGUGUGUUCUCGAGAUUCAGUCUUCUACAACACAGCCCAAUAUUUAUCAAAACUACUUUCCUCACUUGGCACAACUGCAUCGUCCUUCAUCAAAGAUUCAGGUGAAUUCUGUGAGAAACUGCAGAAUAUUCCAAACCCCGGGAGGAUGGUCUCAUAUGAUGUUGUAGAUUUGUUUACAAAUGUACCCAGGGAAGAGGCCCUGAAGAUUCUACGCAAGCGCAUAGAUAGUUUAGACAACCCACUAGAGACUUAUCUAUCAACAGACAACAUCAUACUCUUGUUGAAACAAUGCAUCAGUUCAACAUAUUUCUCCUGGGGUGACGAUUUCUACGAACAGACCAAUGGAUUACCCAUGGGAAGCCCCCUCUCCCCUUUAAUUUCAGAAAUAUUUUUAACUGAUUUAGAAGAGAAGGCGCUUCAAACAUCCACCGUAACCCCAACAUGCUUCUUUAGGCAAGUGGAUGAUACCUUUGUUAUUAUCAAUCAACAAGAUGAUCCAGAAACACUGUUACAACACCUCAACAGGCAACACCCACGUAUAAAAUUCACAAUGGAAACCGAAAAUGAUAACCAACUACCCUUCCUCGAUGUUUGUGUAUCUAAAACCAACAACUCGAUCCGUACCGGUGUCUAUAGGAAACCAACCCACACCGACCAAUACAUUCACUUCAAAUCUAAUCACCCGAAUAGCGUAAAAUCGGCCACAAUUUCAACUCUGGUGAACCGUGCGAAAAAGAUAUGUGAUCCUGAGAGCCUCUCCAAGGAAAUUGAUCAUCUCAAACAUGUCUUCACAAAUUUCAACGGCUAUCCAGAGAAGUUUGUGACAAACACCAUCAACAAGACCCUGUCGGCGAGUGCAGCUAAACCCAAAACCCCACUGCCCCAGUCAGAAUCUUCCUUCCUUUCAACGGCAAAGUCUCCUACCAAAUCAAAAGGCUACUAAUGCAACAACCAGAAAUAGAUGUAACUUUCACAAAAAGCUACAGCACUAAAGAUAUAUUAAGAGCCAAUGGUAAACAAAAUCCUACACAACCACCACAACCAAAGGGAUGUGUGUAUCAAAUAGUAUGCAAUUGUGGGAUUGCAUACAUCGGGGAGACAAAGCGACCAUUAAAUAAAACGAUAGAUGACCACAAGUCGAAAGCAGCAACCAACAACUCAGCUGUAGCUGAACAUUUGAACUCCAACCCUCGCCACAGAGUCCAAUGGUCCAACGUAAAACCACUAUGCAAGAAUAUAAGCAACAAGAGAGCGCGCCGAUUGCAUGAAGCCAUUCAAAUACGACGACACAAACCAACGAUGAACAGUGAUCAAGGAUUGUUCCUCCCCAGGGCGUAUGAUAUUCUUAUCACAUAAUCAAGGCUAAGCAUAAUUCUUCUAUUUUCUUUUUGAAUCAUAUAUAAUACUUAUCAAUAUUCCAGUAAUAAUUUUAAGUUUUUAUAAUUUUAAUAAUUUUAACCAUCAUAAUUUGCAAAAAUGAUAACUAAUAAUUCCCAACUAUUUUUGCUUUUCAGGCAUUUUUGCUUUUCAGGCCUGCGGUUAUUGUAAUUUAAUGCACUCAAUAGUUCUAACCCUGCCUUUCUUCAUCUCUAUAACACCCAGUGAAGUACCACUCAAUAUUUUAAAUUGUCAGCCUUCAGGGGACUAUUGAUCAUUAGUGCAGUCAUUGUUCUAAGGGUUUUUCGUUUUUCGUAUAUUAAUUAUUUUUGUCAUAACACCAAUCAAAUCUCAUCUUAUUGGGAUGUUGUCAUUAUCGAAACCUCAUCAAAUCGUUGUAAAUACUCCACAACAAUCUAUUUCUUUUAUCAUUUGUGUUUAUUUCAGUGAAAGGGGUCGUUGAUAACAUUUCAUCAAUUUUCAUUUUCUUUCAACGUUUGUAUUAUUAAAACCCACUAAUCAUUGUGUAUACUCCACAAGAACUUAUCCAUUAAUCAAUUAGUCAAUUUUUAGGUUAAUUGGUAUUAUUACUUAUUAGCGUUUAAUUUAAUCAGAUUACCAUUAGGUACACGUCAUUAAGUUAGAUCCCUGGUUUGUCAGCAUUAACUAAGCAUUGUUGUGUACAUGUAUAUAUUGUCCUGUCAUAUUUUCAUUUUUUAUCAUAGCUUGAAAAUGACUAGAGAAGCCUAGUCGAAACGUCGCUCAGUAAAAAGCAGUAAUUGUAUUCCAUAGAAUUGUGACCUGUAUAUUUCGUAAUGAUGUCUGGAAAAAGAAGGAAAGACUACAAGAGGGUUUUCCAGGCAAUCUUAGAGCUGUUACCUACUGCACCAGCUGUAAAAUCGUUUGUUGUCGACUUUUACUGGGGACAGGCCGUAUGGCGAAAGGUGCAGGAAAAUGGUCUUCAGUAUUUGAGAGAACGAUUAUAUCCGUGAAAUACCUAUCCAAGUUUAAGCAGGACUGCCUUCUGAUAUUAAGAUAAAGUACAGAUUAUGACGUCAUUAGAAAAUAAAGUUGUCAUCAUAACUGGUUCCGGUGCUGGAAUAGGACAGGGUAUAGCUCUUCAUCUUGCUCAGUUCAACGUUAAACUCGUUCUAGUUGAUAUAAAAGUGGACAAAAAUGAAGAAACGAGUCAACAAUGUCAGGCCAUCGGUCUCAAUACAGACAAGAUAUUAACGUUGGGCUGUGAUGUACGAAAAGAAGAAGACCUUCAAAAUGUGGUCGAUACAACCAUUAAAACAUUUGGUUCCAUUUAUGGCCUUGUUAAUAAUGCUGGGGUUGGUAUACAACAGAAUAUUGAGAAUUUAGAUAUGGAUAAUUAUGAUAAUACAAUGAGAGUUAAUCUCCGAGCACCUGUUCACCUGUCUAAGUUGUGUAUACCAUAUUUAAAACAGAGUAAAGGUUCAGUUGUCAACAUGUCCAGUAUUUUAAGUCAGAGAGGGUACCCCUUACUUCCGGUGUAUUCCAUGACGAAAGCAGCCCUGAACCAUUUUACACAUUUAUUUGCUGCGGAAACGGCAGAAUAUGGUAUAAGAUGUAACUGUAUUUGGUAAGAGUAGCACCUUUGACUUCCACUCCCUAACUAACAAGGGCUAAAACAAUAUGUAAAGAGAAAUUUGUUAUUUAUAACCUUACCAACUCAAUUUGGGCGCCUAGCAAUAGCCCGGGAUAUACAAGGUCUGAAUUUCGAGCAAAUGCUGGAAUAGAGGAACCACCGGAUAUAAAUGCAACCCAGAGCUCUAUAAUACCAUUGAAAAGAAUAGGUGAACCAGAAGACGUGGCUAAACUCGUUAAAUUUCUUCUCUCGGAGGAAUCAUCUUAUAUAACGGGGGAGGAAAUCAGAAUAGAUGGCGGAAGAGCGAAUCCAGUGUUUCCAAUAAUAUCGAAGUAAACAAUAAAAUACACCUUUUUAAAUGCUGAUAUUGAAAUUAAAUGGGGUCCUUACAUUGCCAAUGACUUCGUUUGUGCGCUAGGUAACACAGCUAGUGUAUAAAAAAAAACAGUGAUUAUAUCACAUAUAAAUUGCUCAAUCGAUAAAUUGUAAAUGGUUUUCAACGAUUACAAUUGGAUUUUGCUAUUGCAAAAAAACAUUUGUUUUAUUUUACGGCUCCUCUAGAAAAAAAAUGCUAUAGUGUAUUUAUUAGGUUGCCCGACAACUCAUGUUUUUUUAUUGUUGAAUAUUAUCUUUGAUAUAGUCUGUUGCAUUUGUUAACAAUUCAAUGUACAGAUGAUUGAUAUAUUUAAAAAAAAAUUGGUUUAAAUAUGUGAUCAUAAUAAAAAUUAAU